AUAAUUCCCGGGCGAGCGGUGCCGAGUGGACUCAAUCCCCAACAAACAAUGGCGGGGAAUCUCUCACUCGCCGGCAACCUCUUCGCCGCCGUGGACGUGGGAACGAACUCCUUCAAGCUCCUUAUGGUCCGCGUCGACCCCACUACCGGCAGAUUCCUUGCCCUCGACCGCCUCAAGGAGUCCGUCGUCCUCGGCCGCGACAUGCUCUCCUCCACCGCCAUCUCCUGUGCGUCCCAGCAACGCGCCGUCGACGCCCUCCACCGCUUCCAGCAAGUCCUUCGCUCCCACCGCGUCGCCCCCUCCCAAACGCGGCUCGUCGCGACCUCCGCCGUCCGGGAGGCCGCGAACCAGUCUCAGUUCCUGAGAAGUAUUCACCAAUCCCUAGGGCUCGAAGUCGACGUCUUGUCCGGCGAAGAAGAGGCACGCCUUACAUACAUCGGAGUGCUUCAAUUUCACCCGGUUUUCAACAAGACUGUCCUUACAAUCGACAUCGGAGGUGGCUCCACCGAAUUUGUGAUAGGAAGAAAAGGUCAAGUUAUAUUCGGGACUUCGUUGAAGCUAGGGCAUGUAACGUUAACAGAGGAAUUCGUGAAGCGACAUGAAAUUGAGAGAAUGCGAGAACACAUUCGCAGUGCGAUUCGAAAAUCUGGAUUGAUCGGGAAGGUUGGUGAAAUUGGUUUUGAUGUAGCCAUAGGUUCGUCUGGUACGAUUCGUGCGAUUGAAAAAGCAGUUUUCCAUAGAUAUGGCCGGGGUUUGAUGGAUAAUGAGAGGUUUUCUGACGGGUUCAGGCCAGAUUGGAGGUUUAGCAGAGGGGAAUUGAGCGAUCUUGUCGGAGAGCUGUGCUGCGAGGAGGAGGGAACUGAAGAGAAGGUUAGGAGAGACGAGUUUUUCAAGAGGCGGUCAGAGUUUAUCGUGGCCGGUGCCGUGUUGUUAGAAGAGAUAUUUGGAACUCUUGGCAUUGAGGAGAUGGUGGUUUCUGCGUAUUCAUUAGGGGAGGGUGUUGUUACUGAGAAACUGGCUGCUGUAUUUGAAGACUAUGAUUUGAGUGCAAAUGCAAAAUGGCGAUCUGUGGUUCGCCUUGCGACAAGGUUUAACAACAAGAAGAUGAUGAAAUCUGCUGCUCUAUGUACUGAAAUUGGGAAGGAGAUAUUUGAAGGUGUAAGGAGAUGGAGCGAACUUGGUGCUGGUCAAAACAAACUGGGGGUUUCCUUAAAUGACAAGGAUCUUGAAUAUCUUGAAGCUGCCUGUUUGCUUCAGAGUAUUGGAUUGCUUACUGGAAAGAAGGGUUACCACAAGGAGUCGUACCGGAUGAUUAUGAACGGUGAUCAUCUUCAUGGUUAUAAUUCUGAGGAGGUUAAGAUGAUAGCCUUGCUUGCUAAACAUCACAGGAAGAAAUUUCCGAAAUUGGAUCAUCAUUCUCUUGAAGGAUUAACCAAAGAGAUGAAGCAGAAGUUCAGAAUCCUUUGUGUAAUUAUACGUGUAUCUAUUGUAGUACACCAGUACCUGCCCAAUUUUCAAGACUUCAAAUUUUCCCAUUCUCGUGAAGGGUUCAAACUGGAAGCCUCACAGUUGCAGAUUAACCGAAUAAAUAUUGUUAAGAUAAUUCCUGAGGAGGAUUUGGCAUUGUCCCUAGAUGUAGAGUGGGUAUUUUUGCUCAUAUUUCCUAUUUGGGAAUGCUGUAUUUUCUUAAGUCAAAACUGCUCUAUGGAAAUGUGUUUAAAAGGUGUACAAAGUGACUUGAUUGGGAGAGAGUUCGUCAACCACUAGCAAAAGGUGGUGUAUGUAUCAGAAAGUUGAGAUCUUUCAGCAAAGCCCUUCUUGGUAACUUGUUUUGAAGGUUUGCUUCUAGGGAUGAUAGUAUUUGGAGAACAGUUUGUCAUGUUUUAAGGCAGUAAUUAUAAUUUUCUUUUCUUUUCUGUUAUAGAUAUUUGUCCUUAGCUAUAUGUAGUUAUGCUUA